AUGAAAAUGAUUAAGCACCAUAUCCUCGAUCGGAGUACGAGGGACACGAGAGCCAUACUCGGCCUCGACCUCGAAAAAGCCUUCGACAUCUCCCACCAAUUUAUCCUAACCUCCAUCGCGGGACUAGAGCUCGGGCCCAGGGUCUAUAACUCUAUUAGAUCCUUUUUGAGUCGAAGAAUCGCCCGCCUCAAGGUCGAGAGUUGCACGUCGGAUGAAGUCGUCCUCGGAUCCCGCGGCACGCCCCAGGGAUCAGUCAUAUCGCCCACGUUAUUUAACGUUGCCAUCAUCGGCCUAUCAAAGAGACUCUCUCAAGUCGAAGGAAUCAAGCAUACCAUCUACGCGGACGAUAUAACAAUUUGGUGCACAGGCAGUGAGGGCCAAGUCGAGUCGGUCAUGCAAGAGGCCAUCUACGUCACCGAGCAGUUCCUGCUUCCAACGGGCCUGAAAUGCUCCCCGGCCAAGUCUGAGCACCUUCUGUACAAGAAGAGGCCACGCGGUGGUAGCUACCGGGAUUGGAAGCCGGCUUCGGAAAGUGGAAUCCGGCUCCACACUGGCAAUGGCUCUCCGGUUCCCAGGGUUGACUCUAUCCGCAUACUCGGCAUGUUCAUCGAGUCAAACGGUGCAAAUGGCAUGGCAUUAAGACAGAUCGUUACUAAAACCGAGAAUGCGCUCAGACUGAUUCGAAGAAUCUCCAACAGGCACCGAGGCCUCAAAGAAGACAAUCUAAUCAGACUGAUCCACGCCUUUGUGCUAUGCCAUUUCACUUACACAGUGGCCAUGCACAAUUGGCAGCGGGCCGAACGAGAGAAGCUAAACGCACUCAUACGCAAAGUCGUCAAGAAGGCGCUCGGUCUCCCUAUUAGGACACACCGAAGAUCUCCUGAGUUGGGAAUUCACAGCACCCUUGAAGUGAUUGCCGAGGCUCAGGAAAGAGCCCAACUACUAAGGCUCUCCGGUACACCGGCGGGCAGAAAAAUACUCGAAGAAAUUGGGUUCAACCCCAUCGCUCACAAGCCGAGUUACGCCCAGAUCCCCACCGAAAUCAGAAACAAUAUUUACGUCGCACACAUCCCACGCAACGUCCACCCGGUCCACAACACCGGGAGACGCAAGGCCCGAGCCGCCGCAAUCCUGGGAAGUUUGCUCCGAGACGGCACCGAUGCUAGUUUCGUCGAUGCAGCGGAAUAUGUGGAACAAGAUGCCUUCUCGGCCGUAGGAGUCAAUGCGCAGUGUCAGGUGGUCAACUGUGCAGCGGUGCGAACCCCCAAUCCCGAAGAGGCCGAGCAAGUUGCGAUUGCGCUCGCCAUGCUCGAUGAUCGCAGAGAGACUGUGUAUAGUGAUUCAAAAGCAGCAAUUAGGGCCUUCCAGAUAGGGUGCAUCUCCCGUUUAGCGCUCCGUGUACUACAAACCUCCCAGCACAUUUCCUCUCACUCUUUACACUGGUUCCCCGCACACAUUGGGGAGGUACAGGGAAUUCCCGCGAACCCCAACGAGGUCGCGAACGGAGCCGCGCGAGGAAUGACGGACCGCGCCGCUUCCAAUCCCGUCCCUCACCCAGGCCACAGGGACGCGCCGUACACGUAUAACGAAAUCACUGAAUUCUUUUACUUGGCGCGAAGGGUUUACCCCCUCCGCACCCUAACCUCAACAGACCCCAAGCAGUCUCCCUUCGACUACUCCAAACCAAAUCGUAUCCCAGUCCUGCGUAUCUUCACGAGACAUACCCGGACGUCUUCCCGAACGGACUAUGCUCGGCAUGCGGCGAGACAGACACAUUAA